UUCUCGCCGUUUCGCGUUAGCCAAGCGCAUCGAGUCUCUCUCUCCAAACCUCUUUCAAUUCUCUCUCUCUCUCUCUUUCUUUCUCUCUCUCUCUAUCCUCCGUUUCUCUCUCAUCGUCGCGCCUUCUUCGCACAAAAUCUCUGGAUUUCUCUUCUAUUUCCAGCGAUCGAUCUUAAUUACUAGAAGAACCCUUCCUUUUUCCCUUUCCUUCGCCGAUUAUUCCGAUUAAAGAGAAAUUAUUCGCCACCUAAGCCCUAAAAACGAAAAAGAGAAACACCACACUUGCCGUCUCUCUUUCUCUCCAUCGGUUAGUUUUUUCUUUCCUUUGUUGGAUUGGAUUGUACAGUGUUAGGAGGAAGAGGGAAAGAUCUGAGGGGCUUGAUCUAGGGUUUUUCGAUUUUGUCGUUGGUUUCUCUUUAGCACUCCAUGCCGAUUGUUCGAAUCUAGGGUUUUCAUUUUGUGCUGGUGUAGGGGAAAUUCGACCUCGAAUUGAUGUUUCUUUUCAGGGAGAAUUGUGGGAUCGAUGAAGAUGGAGGAAUAUUAUGCAUGGGUCCGGUUCUGAGGAGUGGAAACACAGCCGGCACAUGUGGCCCAACGCCACUGCUGUAGCCCCCGAUUCUUCACCGUCUCAAUUUAUAUGCAAAGAUGGACGCAAGAUUUAUGUUGGUGAUUGUGCACUUUUCAAGCCACCCCGGCAUUCCCCACCUUUUAUUGGAAUAAUUCGCAAGUUAAUAUUUAAUAAAGAAGAAAGUCCAACUUUAGAAGUUAAUUGGCUUUACCGACAUGCUGAUGUGAAGCUUACCAAGGGCGUAUUGGAAGCUGCCCCAAACGAAGUCUUCUACUCAUAUCACAAGAAUGAAAUAUCUGCUUCAUCAUUACUCCAUCCGUGUAAAGUCGCGUUCCUUCGUAAAGGUGUUGAACUUCCUUCAGGGAUAUCUGCGUUUGUCUGCAGGCGAGUGUAUGACACUGAGAACAACUGUAUAUGGUGGCUAACCGAUAAGGAAUACAUUAAUGCUGUUCCGGAAGAAGUUGACCGGUUAUUAGACAAGACAAAACUAGAAAUGCAUGGGGCAGCGCAGUCGGGAGGCCGUUCUCCAAAACCUUUGAAUGGUCCGACAUCAACACAAUCUUUGAAAUCUGGUUCUGAUAGUGUUCAAAAUAGUUCUUCCUUUGGUACACAGGUUAAAGGAAAAAAGAGAGAAAGGGGUGAUCAGGGUUCUGAUUUAUCUAAACGAGAGCGACUAUUUAAAGCAGAAGAUGGGGAUUUUGGCCCAGUUAGAUCUGAGAGCAUGUUGAGGAGUGAGAUCAGUAAAAUUACUGACAAAGGUGGGCUUGUAGACUUUGAAGGAGUUGAAAGACUUGUACAACUCAUGCAACCUGAUGGUGCUGAUAAAAAAAUAGAUUUGGGUGGGAGAAUAAUCCUUGUUAAUGCAAUAGCAGCAACCGAGCGUGAUGAUUGUCUUAGCUGGUUUGUACAGCUCAGGGGUUUACCUGUGCUGGAUGAAUGGCUCCAGGAGGUUCACAAGGGAAAAAAUGGUGAUAGUAAUACCCCUAAAGAAAGCGACAAAUCAGUUGAGGAAUUUUUGUUAGCCUUGCUUCGUGCAUUGGAUAGGCUUCCUGUGAACCUUCAUGCAUUGCAAACAUGCAAUGUUGGGAAGUCUGUUAAUCAUUUACGCACUCACAAAAAUUCUGAAAUUCAGAGGAAAGCUAGGAGUUUAGUAGAUACAUGGAAGAAACGUGUUGAGGCUGAAAUGAAUAUGACCGAUUCGAAAUCUGGUUCUACACGUCCUGUGUCUUGGCAAGCAAAACCGGCAGCUUCUGAGAUCUCUCAUGUUGGAAAUAAGAAAACUGGAGGAUCUGAGAAUGCUACAAAGGGAUCUGCAAUUCAAUCAUCAGUAUCCAAAAAUUCAUUGGCUAAGCAUGGUUCUGGGGAAGCAUUGUCCAAGUCUUCUUCAGCUCCUAGCUCAAUUAAAUUGAUGACUACCUCAAUGGGCUGUACCCCUAAAGAUCAGAAUGUGAAGGCAUUAGGUGGUGCCCCAGCAUCAGAUCAACCUCUGACACCUAUCAAGGAGGAAAGGAGCAGCAGUUCUAGUCAGUCCCAAAACAACAGCUUAUCUUGUUCUAGUGAACAUGCAAAAACAAUUGGGUCUUGUAGGGAAGAUUCUAGGAGUUCCACUGCUGUGUCAAUGAGUGCGAGCAAAAUACCUGGUGGUACAUCUCGAACUCGGAAGUCAAGCAAUGGAGUACAUGGGGCUGGUGUUGCACUUGCUCAGAAGGAGCCCACCUCGGUAAAAGGCUCUACUAGAAACUCACCUUCUGAAAAAGUUUCACCAACUCGAGUUUCCCACGAAAAAUCUUUUGAUCCGCCACUUACUGAUCAAGGGAAUAAUCAACGCCUUAUUCUCAGACUGCCAAAUACUGCCCGUAGUCCUUCAAGGGGAGCAAGCGGUGCUGCUUCUGAAGAACCUGCUAUUCCUUGUGGCAUAGCUUCGCCUCCUGCCGACAAGAAUGAGUCUCGGGAUAGAAGAGUUAAAGGUAAAAAUGAUGGUUUGCAUACCAUUGUUUCAUCAAAUGUGAUAACUGAUGCCUGUGCUUCUAAUGAAGGUUCAACUGGCUGUGAGCAUGGUAAGGGCUCUCCGAUAGCUGAUGAACAGGGAAGGAUUAAUGAAGAUGGUGAUCAGGUACCAGAAACAUCGAAACAGAGUAAUCUGUCAUCAGGAUUUAUUUCCAGAUCAGGGCAGACAUAUGCUGCUUCUUUAAGCCCUAUGAAUGCAUUAGUUGAAAGUUGUGUCAAAUUCUCCGAAGCUAGUGCCUCUGUCUCUGCUGGUGAUGAUGGGAUGAACUUACUUGCUACCGUAGCUGCAGGCGAGAUAUCCACAUCUGGAAAUGUCUCUCCUCUGGCUUCACCUGAGAGGAAGUCUCCUGUGGUAGAUGAAUCCAGCUCUGGCAAUGUUUCCAAGUUAAAGCAUCCGGGUGAAAUAGCUGCUCACACUGUUACACAAUCUGAUAGAAGGGCAUCAGCAGAGCCUCUGUUGAAUGCUGUUGAUCCAGUGCAAUUUAAAAAUGAUUCAAGGCACCCUGUGACCACAAUAUCACGUGGUUCUGCUGGAGAAGAAGCAAAUUCAACCAGUUGUAAAGAGAAAACUGGUGAUAACGGGCCCCAAAUGAAUGUCUCUACUGCAGAUUUGUCACAAAAUGCUGAAUCUCCUCGCAUACGGCCAGAAAUUGCUGAGAGUGCUUCUGAAACUGUACCACCAGCUAAAAAGGAGACUUGGGAAGAGCCUGGAGGAGAGAACCAUUUUCAUGUGCAGAGGGAUUUUGGAAGUCAAUGGGUUAAACCCAGCAGUUCAGACUCUAAAAAGGAGAUGGUUGAUCACUUGGAUGAGGCAGUCGUGAAGAAUGAUGAAAUGCUAGUUUCCAAAGAGACCAUUGCAGGUGUAAAGAUUGAAAAGGAGUUAGGUGAAAAAUUACUCGAGUUAUCUUCAGAUGUAGGUAAGGAUAACAAGAUCAGUACAGAGGUUACUGGCGUAUCAGUGCAAAAAUCAUCUGUUGCAGAAAGCAGCGAGUCUGUAGAGUUUAAAAAGGUGGAUGUGACGCCGCCUUCUGCUUCUGGUAAUUCAAAGAUAAUUCGUCUGAAGGAGAUUCUUGGUCAAUGUUCUGGAUCAUCAAAUCCCCCAGCGUUGUCCAAAGUUCCCGGGAAAGAAAAUGAAGUGUCUAAAACUUCUGUGUGCAACUUAGAUGGAAAGGAAUCUGAUGUUGCAGGUGAGCAGCAUGCCCACAGUAUUCAUCCAUCCCUCACUGUUGCUGGGUCUGAUGCAGGUGUAAUAUUAGACUUCGAUCUAAAUGAGGGCUUCGCUGUUGAUGAUGCUAGCCAUGGGGAGAUUGUUCGGCAGGAAGAACACACCACAUCAUCUGCGGUCCAUAAUCCUUGUGCAUUGCCUUUUCCCAUUUCAUCCAUCUCUGGGGGAUUCCAUACAACAAUUACAGUGGCAUCUGCUGUCAAGGGGCGAGUUGUUCUACCAGAAAACCCAUUGCGCAGUAAGGGUGAACUUGGAUGGAAAGGCUCUGCUGCAACAAGUGCCUUCCGGCCAGCUGAACCUAGGAAAAAUUCAGAGACACCGUCAACUACUGGAGAUAUUCCUUCUGUUGAUUCCACAUCUUCAAAACAAGGCCGUGCUCCUUUAGAUUUUGAUUUGAAUGUUGCUGAUGAAAGAAGUUUUGAGGAUGUAGGUUCCCAUGGUUCUUCAGAAUCUGGGCCACCUGAUCGCAGCACGAUGGGACUUGAUCUUGAUUUGAACAGAGUUGAUGAGACUCCUGAUGCUGUUUCUUACUCUAUGAGUAAACUGGAUGCUCCUACAUUGCCAAGUAAGUCUUCACUGUCUGGUAGGUUAUCUAAUGGUGGAAGUGUGUCAAGAGACUUCGAUUUGAAUAAUGGACCAGGCCUUGAUGAAGUUGGCACAGAGGUCCCAACUCGAAUUCAGCAGAUGAAAAAUAGUGCACCGAUUCCAUCUGCCAUCCAUGGUACAAGAGCCAACAAUGCUGAAUAUGGGAAUUAUUCAUCAUGGUUUCCCCCAGGAAAUUCUUAUUCUGCAAUUACUGUCCCUCCACUUCUUCCUGGUAGAGGUGAACAGAGUUAUGUUGCAGCUGCUGGAGCACAGCGGAUAAUGGGUCCCACUGGUAGUGCAGCGUUUGGUCCUGAACUCUACCGGGGGCCAGUGCUUUCAUCUGCUCCUGCUGUUGCUUACCAACCUACUGCAGCACCCUUUCCAUAUCCAGGAGGAUUUCCAUUUGAAACUAGUUUUCCAUUAUCUUCAAACUCCUUUUCUGUUGGUUCAGCAACAUUUAUUGAUUCAUCAACAGUUGGUGGACUUUGCUUUCCUACUAUGCCGUCGCAGCCAGUUGCACCUGGUGGUGUUGUCUCCUCAACAUAUCCGCGUCCAUAUGUCAUGAGUCUUCCUGGGGGUACAAGUAAUGUGAUUCCUGACACCCGAAAAUGGGGAAGUCAAAGUCUGGAUCUUAAUUCAGGCCCCGGUGGUACAGAUACAGACAGGAGAGAGGAACAUAUGAAGAUGUUUCAGGUGGCAGGUGUCUUGAAGAGAAAAGAACCUGAUGGUGGUUGGGAUGGAGCUGAUAGAUUCAGCUACAAACAGCCCUCAUGGCAGUAGGAUCAUGGCUCUUCAAAACUAAUAUAGAAGUGGAGCUUUUUGUGGAAAGUGCUGGAAAUAUUGAUGAUAAUGUUUGCAUGCCGAGUGUCAACUGUGUUGGGCCAUGAAGAAUGAGCAGAGAUGGUACCCUUGCUGCUGACACACUUGCCCGUCGUUAAAUGACUCUUAAAAGCAAUCAGUGCCUCUGAUGGCUGAUGCAGUUUGUCUUGUAUGAUUCUGCAUACAACAAGCCGUUCCCUUUCAGAUAAGAUGAAAGGAGGUUCGAUGUAUCAACUGGCCUGGGUUUUAGGCCAGUUUCAGAUCAUUUGUUUCCCAUCCUUUGCUUUCAACUUUGUUAAACACAUGGAAUGCGACAGCUGCUGUUUUGGAAAAACAAGGGGAGGAACCUGAGCUACACUGUUAUAGACCCCUUAGGCCCAUAGCAAAGGAAACUCUUAAAGGCUGUUCAAGAAAAUGAGGAAGUUCUCCGGAAAGGCUACAACCUUGUAUUGGUGGUUCAAAAGGAGGAUAAAUUCACAGCAGGGUGGAUAGGCAAUCUGGCGAAUGCUGCCUAGAAGAUUGUACAGCCUUGAAAGCGGCGUUAUGGGGGGAUCUUGAAAGGGCUGGAGUUAGUGAGGGAUGACUCGCAGGCUUCCUUCAAGGUCAUCAACAACAAUCACUCUGGGAGUGCUAGCAACAAAAGAAUUGGGGAGCUGUUCUUUGUUCAUCCGCUGUGCUCGCAAAGUGAGUUGGAUCAAGGAUUCCAUUUUUGAGAUGAUCCCCCCCAAAUGUAUCUUGUCUGUGGAUGAUAGAGGAUACAUGGGUUGCCUUGCCCCGCAGAGUAGUUGUGGUGUAGUUUCUGUCUGGGCUUCGGCCUUCUUGUAAACCAAAGAAAAAUAGGAUGCUCUACACUUUCUGCUUAUUGAUGAUAAUAUAGUUACAGGUUAGCAAUCAUGGCCAACGUACGUGUCACCUCUCUCUUUCUCAAUGUUUUGUAGUGUGAUUCGAGUUCUUGUUAGUGGCUUAUUAACGAAAUCUUGUUGGCUAAACUCGUCCUUCUCAUGGCUCAUUUGAUUUAUUUUUAACAUUAAUUUGAUCAGAUAUCCUUGCAUUAAUGGUGCAAGUGCUUUGUUCU